UGAAGUUUUGUUGCAUGUUUUCAUGCGAGUUCAAGGAUACAGUAUCUUUUUAUUUGUGUGUUUCCCUAAAUACCAUUAAAACAAGAAUCUGAUUGGUCAGUGGGCGGAGCUUGGUGUUUGUGCUGGCGCUCGUUGGACGAACAUGCUGUCACUCAAACGCGCCACGGGGUUUUAUUUUUAGACUCCAUUGAGGCGCAACAGCAGCUGAAUGAAGUUCAGCGGGUCUGAGGAAUUUUACCCUCGGCGGAUUCGCAUUAAACUCUUUUCCUCAUAUGGAGUGUCUCCUUGGAUAAACGCGACUGCAUUUUUGUACUCGACAUUGUUAUAUGGUUUUGUAAACAUUUAAGCAUGAUAAAAGCACGUCAGUAACUAACGUCUACGUUUAUACGUCAUCUUAGGGUACCUGUGGAUCAUCAUGCAGCCUCCGCGAGUGGGCUGACAGUGUCACAUUAGAUGGGGUCUCGUGAGUUUAAUGCAUAGCACAGUCAAUGGGAUGUCUGCACUCAAGUCUAGAGAACAUUUAGGGCACACUCGUUCACUGUAGGCGCAGCUUUUUUUUUUUUUUUUUUUUUUUUUUGCUAGAUCUGCUCUGGAAAUGUCGGCGAUUUCUGCGUCGGAGAAAGUGGACGGGUUCACGCGGAAGUCUGUGAGGAAGGCGCAAAGGCAGAGGGUAUGCCAGGGCUCGUCUCAAUUUGCGGUCAACAGCAGCAGGCCUGCGGCUCCAGAGAUCUCGGCGCUCCCGCAGCUCAAAGAUGCAUCUUCUACAGAGCAGCAUGAGCUGUUCAUGCAGAAGCUACAGCAGUGCUGCAAAUUGUUCGACUUCUACGACACAGUGACUGACCUAAAGAGCAAAGAGACCAAACGGGCCACUCUCAGCGAACUCGUGGAUUAUGUGUCCACUAACAGAGGCGUUCUGGUGGAGCCCGUCUAUCCCGAAAUCACCACAAUGGUCAGCACAAACAUUUUCAGAACACUUCCACCCAGUGAAAACCCAGACUUUGAUCCAGAAGAAGAUGAACCCACGCUUGAAGCCUCCUGGCCACACAUGCAGUUGGUGUAUGAGUUUUUCCUUCGAUUCCUUGAAAAUCCAGACUUCCAGCCAAGCACUGCCAAACGUUAUAUUGACCAGAAGUUUGUGCUACAGCUUUUAGAGCUCUUUGACAGUGAAGAUCCUCGUGAGAGAGAGUUUUUAAAAACAAUUCUGCAUCGCAUCUAUGGGAAGUUUCUGGGUUUGCGUGCCUUUAUUCGGAAACAGAUCAACAACAUUUUUCUAAGAUUCAUCUAUGAAACUGAGCACUUUAAUGGAGUUGCUGAACUCCUCGAGAUUCUGGGCAGUAUCAUCAAUGGCUUCGCUCUGCCGCUGAAGGCCGAACACAAGCAGUUCCUCAUGAAAAUCCUCAUUCCUCUGCACACUGCCAAACCACUAGCACUGUUCCAUGCACAGCUGGCCUACUGUGUGGUUCAGUUCUUAGAAAAGGACCCGACACUUACUGAAGUGGUGGUUCGUGGCCUACUGAAAUUCUGGCCCAAGACCUGUAGUCAAAAAGAGGUCAUGUUUCUAGGGGAAAUCGAGGAGAUCCUGGACGUUAUUGAGCCCACGCAGUUCAAGAAAAUUCAAGAGCCUUUAUUUAAGCAAAUCGCUAAAUGUGUAGCCAGCCCUCAUUUUCAGGUAGCAGAGCGAGCGCUGUACUAUUGGAACAAUGAGUAUAUUUUGAGUCUAAUCGAGGAGAAUAAUGCCAAAAUCUUUCCCAUCAUGUUCGGAAACUUGUACCGGAUCUCCAAAGAGCACUGGAACCCGACAAUUGUGGCGCUGGUGUAUAAUGUGUUAAAAACCAUGAUGGAGAUGAACAGCAAACUCUUUGAUGAGUUGACGACUUCAUACAAGUCUGACAGACAGCGAGAGAAGAAGAAAGAGCAGGAGCGUGAGGAACUGUGGAGGAGAUUGGAUGAACUGAGAAUGAAAGAGGUGUUGAUGAUCCAGAACAACAGACACGACAUCCAGUUCACUUACAACAACAACAACCACCAUUAGAAUGACGGAAAAAAAAGUCAUGUUCACCUACAAUAAUAACCACCAUAAAGAACAACAGAUACAAUGUCCAGUUCACCACCACCACCAACAACAACAACCACCAUCAAGAACAACAGAUACAAUGUCCAGUUAACCUACAACGACAACUACCAUCCAGAACAACAGACACCACAUCCAGUUCACAAACAACAUCAAAAACAACAAUCACCAUUCAGAAUGACAGACGCAAUCUCCAGUUCACCUACAACAGCAACAACCACCAUCCAGAGCAACACAUAUGAUGCCCUGUUCACCACCAACAACAACCACUAUCCACAACAACAGACACAAUACAACAACAUAAGCAACAACCACCCUGACUGACUGACUGACAGACACAAUGUCCAGUUUACCAACAACAACCACCAUCCAGUACAACAGAUAUUAUGUCCAGUUCACCUACAACAACCACCACCAUCCAGAACAACAGACACAAUGCCCAGUUCACCUACUACAACAACAAAAACAACAACCACCAGACUGACUAAUAGACAAUGUCCAGUUCACCUACAUCCAACAUCCAGAACGACACAUAUUAAGUCCAGUUCACCUACAACAACAACCACCAUUCACAAUGACAAACACAGUGUCUAGGUCACCUACCACAACUACAACAAUUCAGAACAACAAACAUGACAUCCAGUUCGGCUACAACAAAAUGACAUACACAAGGUCCAGUACAUCUACAACAACAACCACCAUUCAAAACAACAGACACAAUCUCAAGUUCACCUACAACAACCACCAUUCAGGAUGACAGACUCAACGUUCAGGUUACGUACAGCUACAACAACCACCAUCAGUUCACCUACAACAGCUACCACCGUCCAGAACAACAGGGCCAAAAAACAGGCCAAAGUUAAGUUCACCAGCAACAACAAAAACAACAACCACCAUUCAGAAUGACAGACACAACAUUCAGUUCAACUACAGCCACAACAACCACCAUCAGUUCACCUACAACAACUACCACCGUCCAGAACAAGAGGGCCAACGAUAAGUUCAUCUACAGCAACAACAACCACCAUCAGUUUAACUACAGCAACAACAACCAUCAGCAGUUCACCUACAGCAACAACCACCACCAUCCAGAACAACAGACACAACGUCCGGUUCUUCUUCAGCAACUACAACCACCAUUGGUUCAUCUACAACAACAACAACCACCAUCCAGAAUAACAAACCUGACAUACAGUUCAUCUACUACAGCAACAACAACCACCAUUCAGAAUGACAGACACAAUCUCCAGUACACUACCAAAAACCACCUUCAAAAACAACAGACACAAUGCCCAGUUCACCAACUACUACAAACAAAACAACCACUCUUCAGAGUGACAUUAUGACCAGUUCAUCUACAACCAUUAUCCAGAACAACAAACACAUCCAAUUCAACUAUUCCAUAAAAAACAACAAUCACCAUUCUGUUUGACAGACACAAUGUCCAGUUCACAUACAACAAAACCAACCACCACCAUCCAGAACAACAGACACAAUGUUAAAUUCACCUACAGCAACAACCACCACCAUCAGUUCAGCUACAACAACCACCACCAUCCAGAACAACAGACAAAACGUCCAGUUCACUUACAACAACAACUUCCAUCAAGAAUAACGAACAUGACAUCUAGUUCACCUAGUACAACAACAAAAACAACAACCAUCAUUCUAAAUGACAGACAACAUGUCCAUUUUAUCUAAUAAUACAACAACAAACAUUCUGAAUGACAGACAAAAAGUCCGGUUUACCAUUCUGUUUGAAAAACAGCAUCCACUUGACCUACAACAGAAACAACAACCUCUAUUCUGAUUGACAGACACGACAUCCACUUUACCUACAACAAAAACACCAUUCUGAAAGACAGAAAAAACGUCUGGUAUACCUACUAAAACAACAACCAACAGACAUAGCGUCUAAUACACCAGCUACUGCAAAAACAAUCAGCAUCCAGAGCAACACGAUAUCCAGUUCACCUACAACAAAAAUCACCACCACCAUCAUUCAGAAUUACAGAUAUACCUUGCAGUUCAUCUACAACAACUGAUUUGAACUAAAUUAACAAUGUAAAACUAACUCUAAAUACUAUUUUCCCUUGGUAAAAGAUAAUAUAUUUUAUGUAUGUAAGUCUAUUUUGGAUGUAAAGUGUGGGUACAGUAAAUUAUGCUUUUUUGUGUG